AUGAGUUCGUUCGAGUGGAAGCGCGCCUUUGGAAGGGACAGCGCUUUAAUCCAGUCGGUCGAAAAUAACGACGCAUUAAUGGAUUUAUUUAGCCAAAUUGAUGAAGAAAUAUCGAAAAUGAACUCAUAUGAUGCAAAUCAUAUUACAGAUAUAUCAAUUUGUGUUGAUAAUCUCUCAGAUAACCUCUCAAAUCUGUGGGAAGACUCAGAACUUACAGAAAUUGACCAGAAAACAUUCGUCCGUAUGACAAUGUUGAUGGAUAAAGUCAUUAUCAACACAAUUGAUCGCAUUUUCGAUCAACUUGAAAUAGUAUCAAUGAAAAAGGGCAUCUUGAAGAAGAUUAGAUCGUUUGUUCAAUCUUACAUUCAAUCAAUAGAACGCGUUACAUCGCCAAAUACGCAUACUUCUAAACCUUGGAAUAUGGAUAAGUAUACUCCAAAGCAGAUGUAUGCCCUUGAUACAUUAAUUGCUAAAUUCAAGGAUGAAGUCGUAAGAAUAAUUAACGACCUUUCUGGGCUUUUAGACGCAGAUGAGCAAGAUGCAUUACACUUCUCAUCGAUCGUUAACUCAGCAUCUUCCUUAAUACCUACGAAAAUGCUAAGCAUUCCCAAUAGAAUUUGGGAAGCCCAAUACAAAUUAUUCGCUUCUCGUUUAGUACAAGCAGAAAAAUGCGCAGCUUCGAAAUUACAUACGCAGUUGAUGGACUCUGCGUCAUCACCUGAGGUUAUUCUUCAGAUUUUUAAGGAUCAUUCCGCUUUAUUAACAAGACCAAGCGCUAUUCAAGAGCUUGGCCACGAAUUUUCACAGGCAUCAAACUAUAUUUCAACUCGCGCACAGAAAAUACUUAACGAUAUUGGCAAGAAACGCUCAAAUGAUACUUCAGUCAAUAAUUUAAUUUGGUAUCAGCAAAAGAAAGUUAUUAUUCAAGGAUAUAUGAAAUUUGUUGGCAGUUUACCAGACUCUGGCAGCUUAUCAACAGAGUUAAAUACAAUUAAUGAUGAACUUAAGAAUUUCUCCCAAAAUAUGUGGAAUUUAUGGGUUAACCAGAUCAAGACAAGGAUUUCCUCUUCAUUAAGAGUCCCAGAAGAUGGAAGUCUCGUUGAUUUUGGCGCUAAUACUGGAGGAAAUCUCGAAGUUAAGUUUACUGAUGAUCUUUUCCAAUUCCUUCAGGAAGCAAAUCAAUUACAAGCUGUUAAAAUCACAUUACCACCUAAAAUUUCCGAACUUGUUCAAAGAGCAGAACCAUUAUACAAACAAGCCCUCGUAAUGCAGAGAGUUUCUAUGUUCUACAAUAACAUGGCUGAUAGAAUCAUCAAGUAUCAGAGGCCAAUGCUGCUCCAACCUGCAACUGAAUUCGAAAAAUUAGUUAAAAGUGUCAAAUCCUUAAAUUCUACAUCAGCUCCUAAGAUGCUUUCAGCUCUACAACUCUCGUUAUCCAACAUUAUGUCUCAAAAUUCACAAAUUUCUGCAGAAAAUACAACAAUACAGAAAAAGAUUAAAGAAUUAUUCGAUGUAGACCUUAUCGAUAAGCGCCAUAAAUGGACACAAUCAGUACAAGAGAUGAGACAGAUCGUUAAAUCAUGCGUAGAAAAAGGUUUCCAAAAUUCUCAGUUUUGGACAUUACAUCUUGACUCACAAAUCUACAAAGCUCUUAGAUACCAAUUCAGAUCUUCGCUUCUUUCUAUUUCAGAGCGAACAGCUCAGAUUGAUGUAUCUUUAAUAUUUGCUGACGGAAGAACACAGUUUAGACCAACAAUCCAAGAGGUCAGAAGGAUGUACUACCAGAAUGUCAGCGAUAUUUUUGCUUUUCCAAGGACAUUCAAAGGUAUCUCAAAUGAUUCCUCAUUUUUCGCUCCAAUUUCUGCUCAAGCCUCCGAUGUUAUCCUCUACGUAUAUGAAAAAGGCGAAACAAACAUCCGUAAGUUCAUCGAACACCAAAAUUCUUUCAAAGAAUGGGAAGUUUUGGCCCAAAACAUGGAUGAAGCCCAAAAGCGCUGCGAGACAAUCAUAGAGCUUGCAAGUGAUUGGAAAUCCAACAUCAAUUUAAUCCCAACAAGAAAAGAAUCCAUCAACAAAAUUGAGGAUACAACCGUUAUCGGCUGUUUCAAAAUUGAUAACACACAGGCCAAAGAAGGAUUCAGGCGUCUUGUUUCCCAGUUCCAGAGCACCUUAUUUGUUGCGUUAAGAAAGACAUUACGUGAUGAAUUUGAGCGUGUUGAAGCCUUCGUAAAAGAUGGAAUGUCAUUAGUUACAGGCAACUUUGAUACAGCGGAAGCCAUUGCAGAAUCUCGUUCGAAAUUCACAGAACUCGCGAGAAACAAAGUUGACACUGAAAUGACAUUUACAAGUCUUGAAGAAAAGGUCAAUUUGUUGAAGAUGAGAGAAUCAAUUGACGAAGAAACAACAGAGUUCAACAAAUUGAGACAACAAUGGAAAGAACUGACAGAAAAGAUGGAAUCAUUCGAUGCAAACGUUGCUUCUCAAUUCGAGAACGUUAAGAACAAGAUGAGAGAUGAAUUUGCACAGUUAAAGAUUGAGAUCCACAACUUCAAAUUGAGAUGGGAUGAAAUGAAACCACACAAUGUCGAUAUGGAUGAUGACUCUGUUGUUGUUUCUAUCCCACAAACUCUUAAGCAGUUCAAUGAACAAGCACAGCAACUUCACGAGAAAUAUGAUAAACUCGCGAAACCUUUGGCUGAUUUCGAUGAAAACGUUCAAAUAGAAGAACUCGAGGAAUUCGAUAAGGAAUUCAAGCAGCAAGAACAAGCCAUUGAUUUGCUCAUUGAAUGGAGAGAUACUUAUACAGAAAUCGCUUCUCAAAAGUGGUCUGAAGCUUCUGCAAAACUCUUCCAUGUCGAAGAUUUCUUGAACCAAUGGUCCCAGAAAAUCACUCAAUUGGAAUAUACUUCUGAUGCUGCACUUUACAUCGAUGAAAAAGUGAAGCAUUACAAGUCUAUUUACCCAUUCCUUAAAUACGCAAGAGGUGAUGACUGGACUGACCAACACUGGGCAGUUUUCUUCAGAAUGGUCUCUCUUCCUCCGAACCAAACAGCUCAAGAUUUGUUGUUAGGAGACAUAAUCGAAGUUGGUGACCAAAUUCAAUCGAAUAUCAAACAAAUUAAGGAACUCGCUGAACGCGCAAGAGGCGAAAACACAAUCAGAACAUCUCUUGAAGAAGUCAGAUCUUGGUUCUCAACAACAAACUUCCAAUGGUUCGAACAUACUUUCGCUCAAAGAACGACAUUUAUCGUUCAAGGAUGGAAACAAAUUUUGUCAGAUUUGGCAGAUAAACAGUCAUUGAUUGGUUCUUUGAAGGAUUCACAGUACGUCAAAGCAUUCCAGUCAGAUGUUGACUUAUGGGAUAAGAAGUCUGUUGCUUUGUCAACAUCAUUAAGACUGUUGAAUGAAAUCCAAAGAAGAUGGCUCCAUUUAGAACCAGUUUUCGUAAAGAAAGCUCUUCCAGAACACCAAGAUUCCUUUGAAGUCGUUGAUAAAGAGUUCAGAGAUAUCAUGAGAAGACUCAAAGAUGCAAAUAGAGCUGCUGCAGCUGCCGAUCUCAAUCCAGAUCAACUUGAAAAGAUCUUACAGAAAUUAGAUGCAUUGAACAGAGUCUUAAAUGUCUUCUUGGAACAUAAAAGAGACAACUUUUCAAGAUUCUAUUUCAUUGGUGAUGAAGAUCUUCUUGAAAUCAUCGGCCAAGCAUCAGAAGAUGCAAUAAUCAUCCAAGCACAUCUUAAGAAACUCUUCCAAGGUGUUCAUUCCGUUGUUUUUGAUGGUUCAAACACAAAAAUCAUCGCUGUUUGCUCUUCCUUAGGCGAAAGAGUUGAUUUGAAGAAUCCAAUCAUUUGCCAAGGCCCUGUUGAAGAAUGGCUGAUGACAUUAUCAAAUGAAGUAUCAGACACUCUCAAAGCAAUUUUGACUGAAAUGAUCAAGACAAAGCCAAAUAAAGAUUACUUCAAAUAUCCAUCACAACUCACUUUACUUUACCAUCAAAUCAGAUUCACUGCGAUGGUUGAAAAAGUCAAAGAUGUUGAUAAAUUAUCUAAAUACGUCGAAGACACUUUGAUGGAUUUAGUUUCUUGCGACACACAAGAUGAAUUACAGAGAUACACUGCAAGAUCAUUAAUCAUCGAAUUUGUCAGAUUCAGACAAGUUGUUGAUGAUUUGAGAAACCCAGGAAUGUGGAACUGGAAGAAACAGUUAAGGUUCUACUUCAGGAGUGGAAUUUGCUACGCAGAAAUGGGUGAUAGCGUCAUUCCUUACGGUUACGAAUACCAAGGAAAUCCACAACGUUUGGUUUACACAAAUCUGACAGCCAAAUGUUAUUUGACACUUUGCGAAGGUAUUUCAUUAGGUUACGGUGGCAAUCCAUACGGUCCAGCAGGUACAGGAAAGACAGAAUCAGUUAAAGCUCUCGGCCAAGCACUCGGAAGACAAGUUCUCGUUUUCAAUUGCGACGAAGCAAUUGAUGUCCAAUCAAUGUGCAGAAUUUUCACAGGCUUAGUCAUGGGAGGUGCCUGGGGUUGUUUCGAUGAAUUCAACCGUCUCGAUGAAGAAGUUCUUUCCGCUCUUUCACAACAGAUCCAAGUCAUUCAGACAGCCAUUCUCAACAAAGCAUCAAAUGUCGAAUUGCUCGGCAGAAACAUCAAUGUCAAUCCAAAUGCCGGUAUUUAUGUCACAUUGAACCCAGCAGGAAAAGGUUACGGAGGCCGUUCCAAGUUACCUUCAAACUUAACUGCUUUGUUCAGAGCUGUAGCUAUGUCCGCACCAGAUAACGAACUUAUCGCUGAAGUCCUUAUGUAUUCACAAGGAUUCAAGUGCGCAAGAGCUCUUUCCAAACAAAUUGUUUUGGUUUUCGCUCUCUGCAAACAAUUGUUGUCUCCAGAAAUCCACUACGAUUGGGGUCUUCGUUCCCUUAAAUCCAUCUUAAGUACUGCAGAACAGUGGAUGAACAACAUGGACGGAGAUGUCGAUGAACCAGCAUUGUUAGUUAAGGCAUUGAGAGUUUCCACAUUGUCUAAAUUAACAUUUGCAGACAGAGUUGCUUUUGAACAGAUUAUUUCCGAUGUUUUCCCGAAUGUUCAAAUCAACAAAGUCGAAGAAUUCGAGUUGAGAACAGCUGCAAGCGAAGUCAUCAAAGAGAUGAAGAUUGUCGAGUUACCACACCAAGUUGACAAGAUGCUUCAGAUGUGGGAAUCAAUCAACCAAAGAACUGGAGUCGUUUUAACAGGUCCAAGUGGUUGUGGAAAGACAACAUUAUGGACUUUGUUACAAAAGACAUUGGAUAAAAUCGGUGUCAAAGUCGAUAUCGAAGUUAUGAAUCCAAAGUCAAUGCCAAGACAGAGAUUGUUAGGCAGAGUCGAUUACGAUACUCGUGAAUGGUUUGAUGGUGUAUUAACAAGAGCAGCAAGAAGAGCUGUUGCAUCAUCAAACAGAACAUGGAUUGUUUGCGAUGGUGAUAUCGACCCAGAAUGGAUUGAAUCAUUAAACUCAGUUCUCGAUGAUAACAGGUUGUUGACAUUACCAAAUGGUGAACGUAUCCAAUUCGAUUCUAAAGUCAAUUUCGUGUUCGAAUCACAUUCCCUUGAACACGCUUCUCCAGCUACAGUUUCAAGAAUGGCUGUUAUUUUGUUGGCUCCUGAAGAUUUGACUGUUGAAAAUGUUUGCACGGCUUGGGUCAACAAAUGGCCAAAAGAUUCAAGAGUUCCUUAUCUCAUGGAGCAGUUGUUCUACAGAACAAUUGAUGCUCUCGUAAAGAAAUCGAACUCUUUCGUCAUCGGAUCAACAACAUUUGGUUUGACAACAACCGUUUUGUCACAUCUCAAUUUGAUUUCAGGAAAUUCUGAUUCUGAGUUCAUCAACGCCCUUAUUAGAGGUUCUGUCUGCAUUUUACCACCACAAGAACAACCAGCAUUCGCAGCAGAUAUCUAUAAAUGGGCAAAUCAAUUGGGAUUGAGUACAACAGGUAUUGAUCCAGCAAACAUUUUAGAUCAAUACUGGAAUGGCUCAACAUUACAGUUAUUCGAUUUCCAUCCUGCUCCACCAACAGUUCCUGCCAUCGAUUCAUCCAGUUUGCCAUUAGUUUCAACAACAGAAGUACAAAGAACUAUCCACACAAUAAAGAACUGGAUCGAAACAGGACAGCCAAUGAUGUUGGUCGGACCAAGAGGAAGUGGAAAGACAACGGUUUUGACACAUCUUUUCAAGUUGUUGCCAUCAACAACAACCAUUGUUUUGAACUGUUCCGCACAAACAGAUGCAGCAAGUUUGAUGACAAAAUUGAUGCAGCAAUGUACAAUUGCAUCAACAGCUUCUGGACAAGUUUUAAGACCAAGAAACACAGAGAAAGCUUUAGUUUUCUUCAAGAAUUUCGAUUUGCCAAGACCAGAUAAAUGGGGAACAGUUCAAUUAGUUUCAUUCAUGCAACAGAUCUUAACACAUGGAGGUUUCUACAACGAAGAACUCCAGUGGAUCACAUUGGAAAGAAUCCAAUUUGUCUUCUCAAUGUCAUCUGCGGAAAAGAGACCAAUUUCACCUCGUUUCACAUCAAUCAUCAGAAUUGCAGCGAUGCACAACACAGAAGCAUCACAAUUACAGGUCAUUUAUUCCCAUUAUCUCACAGAAAUUCUCAAGAAGACAGACUACAACGAUAACUCCAAAGUCCAAGCAGUUGCUGCUGCAAUGGUCAGAGUUUUUCAGAAGUUCUCAACUGGAUUUUCAAUUGAUGAAUAUCCACAUUACGAUUUCACUUACAGAGACAUCACACGAUGGGUUGUCCAGCUUCAAAGAUACAUCCACAACUCGAAUACUUUCACUCCAAACAUCAUAAUCUAUGAAGGUAUCAAACACUUCGCAAAUAGAUUGUCUAGUUUGAGUGACAGAACAAGAAUGAUCAAAGAAAUCAAACAGAUCUUUAGAGACAAUCUACCAAUAUUCGAAGAAACAGAUUUCGAGUAUUGCAACUAUCAAAUCGAUACAAAUGACAAAGCUCCUUUGUAUCUAGUUCAAAUGGAAAGACAAACAGCUCAAGAAGCUUUCCAGAAAUUGAUUGUUUCUUACGAAAGAGAAAUGGGUCAUUUGGACAUCUUCAGAAUGCAAGACACAGAAUGGCUUGCCAAUGUUUUAACAGCAACAAUCGCUAUGCCAUCAUCAAACAUUGUUGCAAUCACCGUUCCUGGUUUGUUCUUCACAGAAAUAUUAAGAGUUAUUUGCCAUUCUAAUGGUAUCGAAAUCUAUUCACCACCAAUGCUCGCUGACUUUUCUAAUGCUACAUUUAUGGCAUUCCUUAAAGAUUUGAUACCAAAAGUUACAGGAAAAGAUGAAGAAGUUGUUUUGUUGAUGGAAGAUUUCAUGUUUGUUGAUAACGCAAUUUUGGAUGCAUUGAAUUCUUUGAUGGCUUCAGGAGAAGUCGGUGGUUUAUUCUCACAGACAGAAUUCGAUUCAUUGGUUGCUUCUAUUCAAGGAGAACUUAGAGAAUCGAACACAAACAUGACACCACAAGAAUUCUAUUGCGCCAAAGUAAGAAGAUUGAUUCAUGUUGUUAUUGUUCUUAAUCCAGAACAUUCAGCAUUCAGAUCUUUCUUCAAUUUCGCACCAUCAUUUGUUUCCGAUGCAUCAAUCAUUUGGGCAACAGAAUUAUCUCAACAAUCAUUGAUGACAAUUCCACGCCAAAUCUUGUUGCAAGAAGGAGAUUCAGCAUUGAAUUCAGACAAUUUGACCAAGUUGAAUCCAAUGUUUGCUUCAACAUUCCAAGCUGUCAAAGAAGCACCAAUCAAAUACAGCGAAUUCCUCAGACUUUACUUGAAUUUGUUCAACAAGAAACAGAAGGAAUUGGCUGAGAAGAAAGGCAGAUUGGACAUUGGUUUGGCCAAACUCAACGAGGCAGCUAAAACUGUCGAUACUUUGUCCGGCGAAAUUCAGGCGAAGAAGACUGUUUUGUCAGGCAAAGAGAAAGAUGCAAACGACGCAAUGGAAAGAAUCAAGAAGGCUGUCGCUGAAUGCUCUUCUCAACAAACAAAGAUCGAAAAGAUGCAGGGAACAUUGAGUGAAGAAGAGAAAUUCCUUCAGUCAGAACAAACAAAGAUCGAAGCAGAACUCGGAACAAUUCAGCCAGAAAUCGAUGCAGCUCUUGAAGCCGUAGGAAAGAUCAGAAGAGAACAUCUUGCUGAAGUCAGAGCUCUCGCUAAACCACCACAAGCCAUCAGCGAAGUUAUGUCUGGUGUUUUGAUGAUGCUAGGUGAAAAUGAGUUGUCAUGGGCAUCAAUCAAGAAGAUCAUGGGUUCUGAUAACUUCACAAACAGAAUCAUGAAGUUCGAUGCAAAAUCAUUGACACCAGAAAUCAUCAACAACGUUGCAAGGCACUUGAAACAGAAAGGAAUGUUCUUUGAAGACGCAACAAUUAGAAAAGCUUCACAAGCCGUCGCUCCUUUGGCACAAUGGGUUAAAGCAAACGUUAGAUUCUUCUCUGUUUUGGAGAAGGUUGAACCUCUCAGACAGAAGAAUGAACAAUACGCUUCCGAAAUCCAGAAGAAGAGGUUAACUCUCAAAGAAUUACAAGACAAGAAAGCUAAAGUCGACAAACAAGUUGCAGAAUUCCAAGAACAAUUCAGAAUCACAACGAAAGAAGCUCAGCAACUUAAGAAUGAAGUAUCUCUGGCAGAACAGAAUCUUCAUGACGCUGAGCAGCUCUUCUCCAAGCUCAAAGACGAAAGAACAAGAUGGGACACACAGAGAAACCAAAUUUCUGCAAUGUUGACUUCCCUUCCUAAAGAAGUUUUACUUGCAGCCGCUGUUGGAACAUUCUGCGGACCAUUCCCAGAAGAUGAGAGAAAGAAGAUGGUCUCAUUAUGGUUACCAAUCGCCAAACAAGCUCCAGAUGCAACAUUCAACAUGGGCAAGUUCAUGUACACAGAAAGCGAAUUGAUGGCAUUGAGAGGCUCUUUGUCAGGUGAUGCUCUUUCUCUUGAAAACGCUGUUAUCAUCACAAAUGCUGUAACAGUUCCAUUAAUCAUUGAUCCAACGAACAAAGCAUUAGAUUGGCUUGUAAACAACAUCCAGAAGAACGGCGGACAGCCAACAGUUCUUCCUCGUGGACAUGAAAGAUUUGCAAGUGAAUUAGCUUUGGCUGUGAGAUUCGGAAAAACAUUGAUCAUCACAGAAAUCGAUUCCAUCGAUGCAAUUUUGAUUCCUUUGAUCAGAAAAGACCUUAUUUUCAGCGGAUCAAGACCAGCCAUCAAAGUUGGUGAUCGUGAAAUCGAUUACAACGAGAAGUUCACUUUGUACUUGUUGACUCGUGAGCCACAACCACAGUUACAUCCAACAGCUGCUGCUCACGUCGCAGUUGUCAACUUCUCUGUCACAAGAGCUGGCUUAGAAUCAACAUUGUUGAGUCUCACAUUGGAAAGAGAGCAGCCAGAGAUCCAAGCAGAAAGAUCUAAGUACAUUGCGAACGAAGAAGAGAUGAAGGCAACAUUGUCUGACUUAGAAGUCACAUUGUUGAAGACAUUGGUCGAAGCAGACAGUGGAAACAUCCUUCAGAACACUUCUUUGAUUGAAACACUCAACAAGACUAAAGAACAAGCAGCUGCUGUUGCAGAAUCCCUUGAAAAGAUCGAGUCAUUGUCAAAGAAAUUGGAAGAAAAGGCAAAUACUUACAGAUCAUUGGCACAACUCGGUGCUUCUUUGUUCUUCGCAAUUGAUGGAUUAAGUAAAUUGGAUCACAUGUACAGAUUCUCUUCCACUCUCUUCAUGACUUUGUUCACAUCAAUCUUCGAUGCAAAAGUCAAUGCAAAUGGUGUUCAUAGAACACUUAAAUUCGAAUCAGAACUCGUCAGAAUUAUCUUCAGACACGUUUCUAAUUCGAUGUUCAAUAAAUACAGAACAGCCGCAGCAUUGCACAUCGUUGCUUCCUGCUACAAGAACUUGGUUGAUGCAACACAAUACCAGUUCUUAAUCAAUUCCCCUGUUUCUACUGGAGAUGCUCCUUCUUGGGUUCCAGAAACAAGAAGACAGGCUUUCUGUGGAUUCGCUAAAGCAAUGCCAGAAUUAGUUCAGACAUUGAAGAUGAGAGAUCCAACAGCUGGCGAUGUUUGGGCAGAUUGGCUCAAACAAAGCCAUCCAGAAGAAAACUUGCCAAUCAUUGACGGACAACAAGUUUCUAAACGUGGCUUGACUCCUUUCGCUCAAUUAUUAAUUGUAGGAAUGUUAGUUCCACAUAGAUUAGUUGCAGCAAUACAAGCUUUCGUUACAGAAGCUCUUGGUUUAGGCCAAUUCUCUGUUCCAUUUGAAUACAACCAAAUUGUCAGCGACAAGACAGGAUUACCAAUGAUUUUCAUCACUUCUCCUGGUGCUGAUCCAUCUCAUGAAGUUGUUUCUGUUGCAAAGAGAGCCAAUGUUUCAUUGACGGAAGUUGCUGUCGGCUCUGAUACACCAGAUGCAACAGUUGCCAAACUGAAGAAAUGCGCGGAAGAAGGAACAUGGUUCAUGUUAAAGAACACUCAUCUUUCUAUUUCUUUAGUCGCAAGACUUGAGAAAGAAAUCGCUUCUCUCCAGACGAAGAAGGAAGGAUUCAGAGUAUUCUUCACAACAGAACCCCACAGAUCAUUCCCACCUUUGUUGCUUGCAAACUCAAUCAAAGUUGCUGUUGAAGCUCCUCCAGGUGUCAAAGCAAAUCUCACAAGAACAAUUGCACAAAUUGACACUAAAUCAAUGCAGCCACAACAGUUGAAACUUGCUGCCGCUGUUGCUUAUUUCCACUCAAUCAUCCAGGAAAGAAGAACUUACAUUCCACAAGGCUGGACAAAGUUCUACGAGUUCUCAACAGCAGAUUUCAGUUGCGCAAUGCAGAUCAUCCAGAAGACAAAGGAAGCUGAUGCAGAGGCACUUGAAUACAUCAGAGGUUUGCUUUGUUUGGCUGUUUACGGUGGCCGCGUUGACAAUGAUUUCGAUUUCAACGUUUUGUCAUUGUAUUUGCAAGAGUUCUUGAAUGACAAGAAGAACCCACUCAGAUUAGAUAACAACGCACAAAUGAGCAACGUAAUGAAAUACGUCGAGAGGAUGACAGAAAGAGAUGAUCCAUCAUUGUUCAUGUUACCUCCAAACGCAACUAAAACAGUUGCAAUUUCACAAAUGAACGAAACAAUUACAUCUCUCAGAAGAUUGUCAUCAAUUGUCUCUGACUCAGGAAGUAUCAGCAGAGCACAAUGGAUUGACAAAUUCACUCCUCUUCUCCAGAGAUGGCAAGAUUUGCGCCGCAAAUAUCCAAACAUGACUGUUCAACGCCAGAACUCUCCAUUUGAUGACACUCCGAUGGCAGCAGCUCUUUAUUCACAGUGCUGCGUCAUCCAUCAAUUGGUUGACGAUCUUGAGGAGUACUUCAAGAUGGUCGAUGGUUUCUUGAACCAUGGAGACACUUUGUCUCAUCAGUUGCAGUCAUUAGGACGUUCUUUGAUCGCAGGAGAAGUUCCUGACGCGUGGUCUGAUAUCGCAGAAGGACCUUCUGUUGCAUCGGAAUGGCUUCAAGAAGUUGCAAGAAAGGUCGAAUACAUCGAUGCUCUUGCAGCUGAUCCUUCAAUGGUAAGCAAAGGAAUUGAGUUGGGAGCUGUUUUGAGACCAACAGCUCUUUUAGAUGCACUCAGACAACAAACAGCAAGAGAAACCGGAACUCCAAUGGUUGAUUUGAAGCUCACUUUCUCUUUCUCUGAAUCUAAAGAGAGAGCGAUUUAUGUAACAGAUCUCGCUUUGCAAGGCGCUGUUUUCCAGGGACUGAAGAUAGCGCCAAUGACAAAGGACGAACAAGUUCUCGUCAAGUGCUCAAAGUGCUCAUUCUCGUGGGAGAAAGAGCGCAAGAAUGAUGGCAUCGCAAUGAUUCCACUCUACUCGAAUUCAAACAGAGAAAAGUUCAUUGUUACUGUUCCUGCUCCAUGCAGCGAAAUCACAUCAAAGGAUGCUUCCAAGGUAUUCUCAUUCGCAGGUACUGCUUUCAUUAUUGGAAGUAAUUAA